UCACCAUUCUGGGUAACAAAAACAUGUUGGGUUUUAUUUCCCUUUUCACACUGCUCGCUUUAGCAACUGCUAGACCCGGAGGUAGCUAUUAUCCCAAGGGAGGCUCCGGAGGGGAUGGAAUAGCUGUCUUUCAAACUGGUAGCGGAGGUGGUGGAUCUGGGAUUUUCUUAGGAGGCGGCAGUGGUGGUAGUGCUGCUGCUGCUGCUGCCGCAGCCGCCGCUGCGGCUGCUUCUGCAGGGGCUGCAGGAGGAGCUUUCGAUGGUGCUUUCCAUGGUGGAUACUACCCAGAUAUUUACUACGGAGGCAUUGGUGGAAUUGGAGGAGCUGGGGCUGGGGCAGCCGCCGGUGCAGCUGGACUUGGUGGAGCCGCCGCUGCUGCAGCAGCGGCUGCUGCCGCUGCUGGUGGAUUAGGAGCUGCAGCAGGUGCUGGUGCUUCCGCCGGUGGAUCAGGUGGAUUUAUCUACCCUGGUCCAAUUUAUUCUGGACCUAUUUACCCACCAGGACCUAUCUAUCCACCAGGACCCAUUUACCCACCAGGACCUAUCUACUUUCCUGGAGCUGGAGCCGGAGCCGGAGCAGCAGCUGGUGCCUCUGGUUUUGGUGGAUCCGCCGCUGCUGCCGCUGCUGCUGCAGCAGCUGGUGGAUCAGGUGGAUUUAUCUACCCUGGGCCAGUGUACCCUUUUCCUGGUCCAAUCUAUCCACCUGGACCCUUCUAUCCUAAAGGUGGGUUUAUAGGAAUCGGUGGAGGCGGAGCAGGAGCUGCUGCAGGUGCUGCCGCUGGAGCUGGCGGAUUUGGCGGAUCAAGUGCUGCUGCUGCUGCUGCCGCUGCAGCUUCUGGAGCCGGCGGAUUCGGAGGGCAAGGUGUCUUUCUUGGUGGAUCCGGAGUAGGUGGCUCCUCUAUAGGAAUCAUCGGUGGUGGAUCUGGCGGUGGAAAGAAGGUAUACUAAACUGUGAUGGAAUGUUUUAAUCAAGACAGACUGCCUGGGGACUGAAAUGUAUUUGUUUAUUUAUAUAAUACAAAGAUUUUUACUCAUCAUUGUAAA